AUGGCGCCCGACAACAUCUCCAUGGAGGAGAUGGCGAAGCACCCCCGAUGUACUGUGGAAGGGUUUCUCAGCCCGCCCUAUCUGGACGUCCCCCUCAGUUUCGUGUACCAGAAGGAUCGGUCUGAUGUUCACAUCUUCCUGAACGACCUUUCGCACCCCCAAUAUCUGUGUUAUGUCGCAGACAACUUCAGCCGCCGUGUUGAGCAGCCCGUCAUGGUGUUUCAUGACAAGGCUAGAAGAAAGUUCCGCCUCUGCCCCAUGCCUCCGGGUGUGUCGUCCGAUACCUCGACCUAUGGAAGAUUUUGUUUUGCCCGUGACGCUACUGGAGUCGACAAUGUUCCCGUCCCCUCUGUACUCCUGACGCUGGACAAUGGAUUGACCCAUUCCCUUUCGAAGAAUGCGUGGAUCUUGUACAGAAAGACGAAGGAACCAGAUAUUCGCAGACAGCGCCCCGAAAUCUCGCAUGUGCAACUUUGCGAGGCCAUUACUCAAAUGUGGCUCAGUGAGGCUCCUGAAGUCAGAGAGCGUUGGAAGCUCAUGGCCCAGAGAGCUCUCGUUCACUACAUCGAGAAGAGGCAGGAAGCCGCGAACAACGAAGCUUCGAGCGGAAGCAUGGGAGAGGAACCUUCGGAUUAA